GCGUGAUAAAGCUAUUUCAUUUACUUGUGCAAGCGGGCCACAGAGUAACAGCGUGAUGAUCAAAGUCUACCAACUUCGGCUGUUUGUCACCUGAAGCAACAGGCUACCAUGUUUUGCUGUACUCUGCCGUUCGUCCUGGGCGUUGCAGUCGCCUUUGCAGGUCUGUCCUAUGUCACGUACAUACCGAUAAAGGAGGGCGUCGUCGACACCUAUCAAGCGAGAGUUAUGGCCACGUUUGCAAGAGUUAUUGGUUUAGUGAGUGGAGGGACAGAGAGUCUCGGAAUUGCGACGUCAGUUAGUGUGAUGAGAUGGUUUUCAACUCUGGCCUCUGACAACAAACCACCUCCCGAUACAGAUGAAUUGAAGGUUAAAGAUUACACCUUUGAGGACAUGCCGAUAAGAGUGUAUCGGCCAACGAGAGCCCUGGACCCAUCGCCGACUGUGAUAUAUAUACAUGGUGGGGGAUGGACCGUCCUGAGCGUGGAUAACUACGACGAUGUUGUAUCAGAAUUAGCAGUUAAAUCCGGAUAUACGUUUAUUUCCAUUGAGUAUCCACUCGCUCCGGAGAAUCCGUUCCCAGUUCCGUUUGAAACCUGUUUGAAAGCUGCCCUUCACGUGUUCUCACAUGCAGAGACGUAUGGGGUAGACACACAGAAGGUUGCUAUUGCAGGGGACAGUGCCGGUGGCAACCUUGCAGCUGCAGUGGCUCUGAAGCUCUCUGAAUUAAAAGACAUUCCUAAACUCAGGUUCCAAUGGCUCAUCUACCCAGCGCUCCAAGCCUUCAGCUUCAAGACACCAUCGUACGUUUCCAAUGAUGAUGCAGCACUCUACUUUCUGCAAGGCGAGCACAUGGCAGGUUAUUGGUGCAACUACCUGGACAUCAACACAUCAAGCAUGCGAAAAGCUUUCACUACAAACAACCACACUUCCAGGAAGCUAAAGCAGUCCGUCUAUGCCUCGUACGUGGACUACGAGCUGUUGCCAACGAAAUAUCACGGCGAUAGCUCAAAACAGACGGAUAUAGAUCAUGGCGAUGAUGACAUCUCCAGUCAAAUUGAGAAGAUUAUUUUGAAUCCUUAUUUUGCUCCUUUGAUGGCUCCGGAUCUUAGUGGAGUGGCUCCAGCGUUUGUGGUAACAGCUGAGUUUGAUGUUCUGAGGGAUGAUGGUCUGAUGUAUUCUCAGAGGAUGAAGGACGCCGGUGUGGACGUGGUUGUCUACAACUCCCCGGGGUCCCUUCAUGGCUUCAUGCUAUGGGGCAGUGGCAUACCGAAGUAUGCAGACACCGAUAAUACAAUAGACAUGUUUGUAAAGUAUGCAAAAAAACAGUUCAAAUGAUAUGUUACUUAACUGUUGACAUUCAUUUGGGAAAUGAAUGCAAUAACACGUGACCACUUUUGCUAAUCAGAAGGCAGGGAUUACAAUGAACGCAGCGAAUUUAAUUAUAAUAUAAUGUUCCCAAAAUGUUUAAUCAACACAGGCAUGUUAAACCAUUAUGAACAACGCUGGUUUCACUCCAUUCCUUGUUUUACAUCUUACCCCACGUGGGGCCCAAUUCACUGUGCACAGUUGCGUCCCUUGUGCACGCCAGAAACCAAUAAGUGUGAUUUCGAAUCCCGGAUUCCCCCAAUUAUGUUUCUAGGUUUCUCAGCACGACACCCGUGUCCGUGGGUUUCACGAAAGUGGUAAACGUCUGAGACCUGCAUCACUUUGGGCUUCCUUUCUACAUUAAGCUGACACGCCCGGAAAUUAGAGGCAUACUGUUCAAAUCGGCGUUUAAAUCCUCACUCACUCACCAGUGGUGGUGGUAUAGCUUUAGGGAUACUUGGACCAGCAAUAAGGUAUAUUUGCGCCUAACACAUCCAAUGCUAAUUUACAAUCAAAUAUAUUAGUAGAUGUACUGCACCAAAGGAAUUAAUUUACCGUGUAUUAAAAUUGUACACGAUUACUCUGAUGGAAAAACAGGAUCCUCUCCUUAAUGAAGGGGCGGUCGGGUAGCCUAGUGAUUAAAAGAGUUCGCUCGUGACGCCGAAGACCCGGGUUCGAUUCCCGCCAUGGGAACAAUGUGUGAAGACCAUUUCUGGUGUCCCCCGCCGUGAUAUUGCUGGAAUAUUGCUAAAAGCGGCGUAAAACCUUACUCACUCACUCACUCACUCUGCUUAAUGAAAUGGAUUCAAACAUCAAGCAACCACAAAUCUGUUUAGAAUUUGUUUUAUGCCUGUUCAAUAAAACAGCAUCAAAUGUUACAGAAACGAAAAUUAAAACGAUUUAAUAUAAUAGA